UGCGCGCGCCCCGCGCCGGGGACUGGGCUGGAGCCGCGCGCUGCUCGCAGGGAGCCUGCCCGGGUGUCCGGAGCCGCGGGCGCAGCCGGAGCUGGCAGGGGGCUCCCGCUGGGCACACGCUCGUCCCCGCCGGCCUCCGGGACCCCCACAGCGCCCGCCUCGCCUGUCCGCCCCAGCCCGCGCCGCAGCCCUGCCCGGGGCAGGAGCCGCCGUUUCUAGCGGUUCGCUGCCUGGGCAUCGCUGCCUGGGACCGAAGCCGGACACCCCGUCACGUGCACCCAAGUCCUCGCGGCCGGGGCAGCACCGUUCCCAUGGUUGAAGGCUGUUGAUGGAGAAGGGCGCGGAUGACAGCCGGGACCGUGGUCAUCACCGGGGGCAUUUUGGCGACUGUGAUCCUGCUGUGCAUCAUCGCGGUUCUGUGCUACUGCCGGCUGCAGUACUACUGCUGCAGGAAGGAGGGGUCUGAGGAGGACGAGGAGGAGCCGGACUUCGACCCGCACCCGGGCCUGCCCCCGCUGCACUCCAACCGCAACCUGGUGCUGACCAACGGGCCGGCGCUCUACCCCGCCGCCGCCUUCGGCCAGAGGUCCCCGCAGGCCCGCGCCCUCUGCCGCAGCUGCUCCCACUUGGAGCCGCCCACCUUCUUCCUGCAGGAGCCCGAGGACGAGGGCGUGCGCAACGGCGGCGAGCGCGUGGCCUACAGGGCCAUCAGCCAGGAGGACAUGGAGCUGCCGCCCGCCGCCUUCGGGGGCCUGCAGCCGCUCAACCCCAACCGCCUCUCGGCCAUGCGGGAGGCCUUCGCACGGAGCCGCAGCAUCAGCACCGACGUCUGAGCCGCCCCUCUCCCUGCCCCUCCACCCCCUGCCCCUCCACGCCCCUCCUGCCCACCCCGCAGGCCCCCGAGACCAUGGAGGGGUCCCCGCGGCCCGCCCACCUGGCCCCGGGCCCGGCCCCGUCUUCCUGGCGUCCCUGCCAUCGCGUGGCCCCACCCACAGGGGGGUCAGGGGCUCAGUGCAGGGACAAGGCCGGUGGCCGCUGGCAGGGGCGGGCCGGGCCGGGGCUGGAAGGGAGGCGGGCGUGAUGCUGUGCAGGUGAGCCCCAGCCUCCAGGUGUCAUGAGAGUGGCCUCCGUCUCAGCCCAGCCACCUGGCCGGCCCUGCCGCUCCCCCCUCCGCCUCAGUCUACCCGCCUAGUCCGGAAGGAGUUGGCCGCGGCGACGCGGGCCUGCCAUCAGCCUUCCCUGGCAGUUCUGGACCAACUCUUCUCGCCCUCCAACCAGAAGCGGGGGGGCGGGGGGCUCUCUCCUCCCCCCACGCCCCUGGCUUCACGUGCCAGGCGGCCGACACCAGCUCAGCGGCUCUUUCUGCAGACCCCCUAGAAGGGCAGUCUCAGGGGCCGCCGGCCUCAGGGAUGCAGUCCCAACUGGCUUUUUAAAAAAAUAAUAUAUUUUUAUUGAUUUCAGAGAGGUAGGGAGAGGGAGAGAGAGAAACAGCAAUGAUGAGAGGGAAUCGUGGACCGGCUGCCUCCUGCACGCCCCACACUGGAGAUCGAGCCCGCACCCCGCGCCUGUGCCCCGACCGGGAAUCGAACCCUGACCUCCUGGGUCAUAGGUCGACGCUCAACCACUGAGCCACGCGUCUGAGCACCGACGGGCUUUUUGAUGAAAGAGAGAGAGGCUUUGUCCCACCGGCUGCUUCGGGAGGGUCCUCCCCAAAACACGGCCCACUCCUCAGGCCCCACGUGGUGGGUGGGCAGAGCCGGGAGGCCCGCUGACUCCGCAUGAGACCUGAGACCGGCCCUCCGGUCCUGGGCCUCGGCCUCCAGGAGCCCGUCCGGCCGCAGUCCCGGGAGACAGACUGCCUCUCCCUGCCCCGUUCUCCGGAGGCUCUGGGAGCGAGGCA